UGCCGGAAGUUGGGGUGUGCGGAAUCCGGACGUUCGUCUGAUCGCUACACGCUCUCCGCUGGGGACCCGGGCCACCAUGGUCUCAGACGAAGAUGAAUUGAAUCUUCUAGUUAUCAUAGUUGAUACGAACCCAAUUUGGUGGGGAAAGCAAGCAUUGAAGGAAUCUCAGUUUACUUUAUCAAAAUGCGUAGAUGCUGUGAUGGUCCUGGGAAAUUCUCAUUUAUUCAUGAAUCGAUCCAACAAACUUGCUGUGAUAGCGAGUCACAUUCAAGAAAGUCGAUUCUUAUAUCCUCGGAAGAAUGGCAGACUCGGGGACUUCGGAGAUGAUGGCAACACUUCUGAAUUUAAUCCCUCGGGGAGUAAAGAUGGAAAAUAUGAGUUGUUAACAGCAGCAAAUGAAGUCAUUGUUGAAGAGAUUAAAGAUCUAAUGACCAAAAGUGACAUAAAGGGUCAACAUACAGAAACUCUGCUAGCAGGAUCCCUCGCCAAAACUCUUUGCUACAUUCAUCGAAUGAACAAGGAGGUUAAAGAUAAUCAGGAAAUGAAAUCAAGGAUAUUGGUAAUUAAGGCUGCAGAAGACAGUGCAUUGCAGUAUAUGAACUUCAUGAAUGUCAUCUUCGCAGCACAGAAACAGAAUAUUUUGAUUGAUGCCUGUGUUUUAGACUCUGAUUCAGGACUCCUGCAGCAGGCUUGUGACAUCACAGGGGGGCUGUACCUGAAGGUUCCUCAGAUGCCAUCCCUCCUGCAGUAUUUGCUGUGGGUUUUUCUUCCCGAUCAAGAUCAGAGAUCUCAGUUAAUCCUCCCACCCCCAAUUCACGUUGACUAUCGGGCUGCUUGCUUCUGUCAUCGAAAUCUUAUUGAAAUUGGCUAUGUCUGUUCUGUGUGCUUGUCCAUAUUCUGCAAUUUCAGCCCUAUCUGUACUACGUGCGAGACAGCUUUUAAGAUUUCUCUACCUCCUGUACUGAAGGCCAAGAAAAAGAAACUGAAAGUGUCUGUGUGAUACUAAAACAGUUUUCCCCAUCUUUUAAAGCCUAUUAAUAGACAUUGUAUGGCAGAAUCUUUGUUAGGAGGGCUUUGAAAAAAAUACAGAUGUGUGUAAGAUCAUUUUAGUGCAGAUUUUGUAAAGGAAAUAGUUUAAAACCAUCAACCUUGUCCUGUGCUUCUGAGGCACUGAUAUAUUUGAGGAACUCAGUCUAUGCAAUAUACCCUAAAAUCUUCUGUGACAGGUUUUUUUGAGAAAGUGGGAAGAAACAAAUUUGUGGCUCUUUCUUUAAUGGGAUGAUCAUUUAUUUGUCAGUCAGCCUUUCCAGACUAAUUAUAGACUUCAGAACCUGUUAUCCAAGUUUAAGUUCUUACUAUGAAAUGUAUGACAUGUGAAAAUUGAACACAGUUUUGGAAAAAGUGACUAUUUAUGGCAUAAUGGCAUUAUUCAAGAUAGAACAUCUUACUGGAAUCAGCAGUUAACUUGGAUAGUAGUCACAUAAAUAAAAUCCUAAUUGUCUAAGUUGAGAUUUAGCUUCAGAUAUUAGCAAAUAUUUAUUCCUUUGUCUGCCAUCAGUACUUGUUUGGACUAAGUUAUCCAAAUAAUAAUAAUAUUUGUCACUGAAUAAUUACAAAGUCUGAUUUUAAGUAAGGUGAAUGAGCACUAUAGUCUGGUAGCAACUUUUUAAAAAAAAAAAUACGGUGUGAAGAUCUUAUUUGUGAAAGUGAGCAUCUGAGUUCUGAGAACUUCUUGGGGAGAAUGGAUUCUUUACAGUUAAGUGUUUUCCCAGAUGGAAUUCUUUCUUUUUUUAAUGUGAGAAAAAAUUAAUAUUUGUGAACUCUAGCAACUUUGGACUUACAACAGAAAACUUCUGUAAGUUCAAAAGAAAAAUUAUUUGUGAUUUCAACAAUAAAAAAUCUUACUUUUCCAUGUAAUCUUGAGGUUAGUAAGUCUUUUUAAAAUUUCAGCAUAGUGUAGGAAGGGUUUUCAGGAAUGGUGGCUAGUCUUGUUUUGUUUUAAAAGUAUAUUGACAAAAACCCAUACGUGAACACAACCUUACUAUAAUUAAGAUUUUAUUUUCUCUUUAUACCAUAUUGUUAGGCAGAAAGGUAGACAUAAGCCAGUGGAGGGAGACUAAAACUAGCAAAGCCCACUAAAAGGAACUCAAAGAGUUAACCAGGUAAAACCAGAGAGGCAGAAAAGACUCACAGAGUUAAUUAGUAGAAGUUUUAAGGACUAGGAGUUACUUAGAACAUCCAAACAUUCUCCAGAUAAAAAAAAGAAAAGCAUACCCAGAUGAGAAGUCUCCAAGCACAGACUCUCCCCAUAUAAGAGAAAAUAAAACAUCCAAAGACAGGCACAGACAUCAUCAGAGCAGCCCCUGUCUUCUUUUUACCAAUUAGACCAGGCCUCCAAGGCCAAAGAUUAUCAUUCAAGGACUUCUCUGCCCUGCCAAGACCCCAUAAAAGAAGACUUGGAAUAAACUGCCCGUGCCUGUCUAACCUUAGGCAGACCCACUCUGCUGCACAGGGCAAAAUAAAAGUCACUUUGCCUUCCUAA